ACUCAUAAUUUGGCGCCAUUGAAUGACAGAAAGAAGAAAACAAACCGAUUUUAUUUGUGUUGAAUUUUAAAAAUAUGGAUUCGACUACUAUAGAAGAAGGUCCGCCAAGAAAAAAGGUUAAAUCUUUAAGGGAAAAAGGCGCAGACGAGGAAGGGCUGUCCACUUUACCUGAUGAUGUUUUAAUUAAGAUUUUUUCAUAUUUGGAUUUAAAAUCGAUAAGUAAAUGUGCUAUGUUAUGCUCAAGAUUUAAUAAUAUAUCAAAAUAUGGUACACUUUAUAAAAAAGUACACUUAAAGUACAAUAUGAAUUUCCAUAUUCUUAAAUCAUUAAUUUCCAAAGCUACCUGCCCAAAAAUAUUGGUUCUAGAAUAUAUGUGGUAUACUCAGCAUCCUUAUUCAGAUUCAGACGAUUCUGAAGCUCAAGACUACAGUGAAUUUAACAAAUAUGUUAAAAAGUUCUUUAAACAAUCAGGAGAUCAGUUAAAGAUUUUAAAGGUCGAAAGCUGCAGAUGUAAUGAUGUAUUAUUAAGUUUAUCUGAAUGCAGAAAUUUGGAAAAACUUGAAUUAUAUAGAUGUAAAGGUACCUUUGCAACACUGCCCUCUCUGGGUAAUUUGAAAAGUAUACAUUUUUUACUGUGCGAUUUUUUACUAAACACGGUAGUAGACGUUAUCAAAAAUAAUGGUAAUUUAAGAAAAAUAUCUCUAGCUGAUAAUACAAAUGUGAAUGUAGACCAAGUUUGUGAAACUAUGUCUCAACAUUGUUUGCUAGUAACUAGUAUUUAUUUAAGUGAAAGAAAAAAAAUAAAAACCAAAAGUUUGAAAACUUUAAAAAGUUUAUCCAAUCUAAGAUCUUUGGAAUUAAUUUGCAUAUCCAAAAGUAAAUUUGAUUUGGAAGAUACCCUGGAACAAUUGGCAGCUGGAUGUCCAAAAUUACAAAAGUUGGCAAUAUAUGGUUGGAAGGAAAUAAAUGACGAUAAUUUUAUCCCUGCCUUGCAUAUGUUAACUCAGCUAAAAGAGUUAGAUUUAAAGGGCACUAAUAUUACCAUUAAAAGUUGCAGGGAAGCUGCCCUUACCCUGCCAAAACUCAAAUCAAUGGAUGUUAUUAAAAUGAAUCCAAUAAAAAAAGCUGAACUGGCUAAACUUCAGAAAGAGUUUCCCAAAAUUGAUAUUGCUUUGGACAAGUAG